AUGGAGCACGUAACGGAGGGCACAUGGGAGUCGUUGCCGGUGGCGCUGCAGCCGCGGGUGCUGGCCUCGCUGCGGGCGCUGGGCUUCCCGUGCAUGACGCCGGUGCAGGCUGCAACCAUCCCUCUGUUUAUGAAGAAUAAGGACGUGGCGGCGGAAGCGGUCACCGGUAGUGGCAAAACUCUCGCCUUCGUCAUCCCCAUCCUCGAGAUCCUGCUGAGACGGGAGGAGAAGCUGAAGAAGGGCCAGGUGGGUGCCAUCAUCAUCACCCCCACACGAGAGCUGGCUACGCAGAUCCAUGAAGUCCUGGCCCACUUCACCAAGCCCUUUCCGCAGCUCAGCCAGAUUCUCUGGAUUGGAGGCACGAAUCCCUCAGAAGAUGUGGCAAGGUUUAAGGAACAAGGGGGCCACAUUGUGGUGGCCACUCCGGGUCGCCUGGAAGACAUGUUUCGCAGGAAGGCCGAAGGCCUUGAUCUGGCCAGCUGCGUGCGCACCCUGGAAGUCCUGGUGUUGGACGAGGCUGACAGGCUACUGGACAUGGGCUUUGAGGCGAGCAUAAACACCAUCCUGGAGCUCCUGCCCAAACAGAGGAGGACCGGCCUCUUCUCUGCUACGCAGACGCAGGAGGUGGAGAACCUGGUACGCGCCGGGCUCCGGAACCCCGUCCGCAUCUCUGUGAAGGAGAAGGGGGUUGCGGCCAGCAGCACCCAGAAAACGCCCUCCCGCCUGGAGAACUACUACAUGGUCUGCAAGGCACAUGAGAAAUUCAACCAGCUGGUACACUUUCUUCGGAAUCAUAAGCGGGAAAAGCAUCUGGUCUUCUUCAGCACCUGCGCCUGCGUCGAGUACUAUGGGAAGGCGCUGGAGGGGCUGGUUCGGGGCACGCGGAUCCUCAGCAUCCACGGGAAGAUGAAGCACCGGCGCAACAGCAUCUUCAUGGAGUUCCGGGGGCUGCAAAGUGGGAUUCUGGUGUGUACCGACGUGAUGGCCCGGGGCAUUGAUAUCCCCGAAGUGAACUGGGUUCUGCAGUACGAUCCCCCCAGCAGUGCCAGCGCCUUUGUGCAUCGCUGUGGCCGAACAGCCCGUAUCGGCCACAGCGGCAGUGCCCUGGUCUUCCUGCUGCCCAUGGAGGAGGCCUAUGUCACCUUCCUCAGCAUCAACCAGAAGUGCCCCCUGCAGGAGAUGCGGCCACAGCAGCACCCAGCAGACGUCCUCCCCAAGCUGCAGGCCAUGGCCCGUGCCGACAGAGCCGUGUUCGAGAAGGGCAUGUGCGCCUUCGUGUCCUUCGUGCAGGCCUACGCCAAACAUGAGUGCAGCCUCAUCUUCCGGCUCAAGGACCUCGAUUUUGCCAGUCUUGCCCGAGGCUUUGCCCUGCUGAAGAUGCCCAGGAUGCCGGAGCUGAGAGGGAAGCAGUUUCCUGACUUUGUGCCCGUGGAUAUUGACACCGACACCAUCCCGUUCAAGGAUAAGGCCAGAGAGAAGCAGAGGCAAAAACUGCUACAACAGAGAAAAGAGAGAACAGAAAACGAAGGGAAAAGAAAAUUCAUCAAAAACAAAGCAUGGUCCAAGCAAAAGGCCAAAAAGGAAAAGAAGAAAAAAAUGAACAAGAAAAGGAACCGGGAAGAGGGCUCAGACGUGGAGGAUGAGGACAUGCAGGAACUUCUCAAUGACACGAGGCUCUUGAAGAAGCUGAGGAAAGGCAAGAUCACGGAGGCCGAGUUCGAGAAGGGCCUGCUGAGCAGAGGCUGCGGCAAGCACGCCGAAGGCUGGGCCUCAGACGACAACGACGACUCACUCAGGACUGAGGAGCCCGAGUGCAGAGAUACUGGAGGGAAGGCUGGACCCUGAAGACCGUUUUACAGAGUUGGGGGUUCCAUGCCCGUGGGCAAACUAGGGGAGACCUACCAGGACAUGGAAAGUUACAAGCCAAAGUGGGUUCCAGUAUGUUUCACUGGCCCUAAGUAAAGGGCUUUACUGGGAAAAACCA